AUGCCUGAGAUGCUGGAGCCUGCAGUAUACCAUCCUGCGACCUUCGGCCCCAUGGCCAACUCUCAUCAAGCCAUGUCUCCGCUGGAUCAGAGACAGGCACUUAAUGCCACCGACGACGAGUCCUCAAUUCCCACCUACUACUUCGGCGCAAGAUAUUCGACCUCGUCGAUAUACCUACCCAGUCCCGCGUCACCAGCCAGCAUUGACGACGACUUCCCUACCCCCAAGGCACGCUUAUUCGAUAUGACCCCGCAGCCGUCGCCGCGCUUUCCUGUUCACUCGGCUACCUAUCCCCCAGUAGACCGGGCGAGUCGUGCUGACAGCGACUUCGAUUCCCUCUACGACAUCACCGACGAUGAGACUGAGGUGCCUCUCCAUGCAUCCGCAUCAGUCAAGAAGCUUGCGACCCAGCCUAGACAGAGACGCUACCCAUCCAUCGUCAUCCCUUCGCCUUCCGCAUGGCCAACCAUUGAGAAGUUGAAGAGUGCAAACUCGGCGAUGCCCGUUACUCCAUCGUUGCUACUGACCCCAUCGCGUCGCUUCCUUGAGAUGAUCGACUCUCACAACCUGCAUGUGCCCGAGCACUCAGCAGCCCCGUCCCUGGACGGCAGCCUCACAUCAGAAGAGAUGGACAAACUCAGUUGCCCUGCCACCCCAGUCUCGCAACGUAGACGCGGAUCCAUGUCCAGUGUUGACUCGUGGGGACCUGUGCAAUUGGACCUACAAGCUAUGGAGACUCUUCAGCAUCUCGGAAACUCGCCAUCUGCUGAGCAGUACGAGGAACCAGAGCAACAGGAGUUUCAAGUGGUUGAGGCUAGAGGCGAGAUGCAAGAAGUCUCCCGACCAAGUCUCGGCUUAAGCAUCCCUUCAACAGUGUUCGGAAACGGUUCCUCUGGUAGCACACCAAUUUCCGCGCUCUCUGUCCCUUCUCCCGGUGGUUUCUUCUCAUCGCUUCAAUCGACUGCUCGUCACACCUGGAGUAUCCCCAAGCGCGAUGAGUCAAUCCCAAACACUUCAACUGCUGAAAGGUUUUACAACCUUCCAUGGCAGAAGGAGAACCGAAGGAACACUUCCCCACACCCCGUGCCAGCUGUACCAGCUGUGCCAGUUCUCCCGGUACGAAACUCGACUCUUGCCGGGUCCACUCUCGAUGGACACGAUGAGCCUCUGGCGACAUCGCGCCCAGUCCUGCUUAGCAGCCCAACCGAUGAGAACGUGGAGAUCAAGGAGAUCAACCCUAGCAAGACCAUUUUUCAGUAUGACGAGAACUACAACGCCGGACUUCAAAAGGUGUCUACUGCUAACCUCGAGAUGACCGGCCGAUGGUUGGAGGAACAAGAUGAGCUACAGGCCGCUCUUCGUGACAUGAGCGACAUUACCUCUCCCAGCCUCUCCAGCGGAACCCACAGCCGCGGCAACUCGAUCGAGAAGACUGUGGUCAAGAAGUCGGUCAAGUUCGCGGAUGAGCCGGCCAAGUCUCCAGUCAAGGAGUCGGCGGAUGAGCCCAUCACCACCUACGUCCAAGGCCUUGAGUACCUUCACUCUCGGUGCCAAAAGAAGGAUACGUUCAUCCACCGCCAGACUCGCGCUGAGGCUUUGCACGUACAGCGACGCUGCAAUCCUCUCGCGCAUCGCGAUCAGCUCCUGGGAAAGUUCGAGCUUUGCCAGCCAGAGCGCCCAGCGCCACCGCGACCUGUGUCUGAGUUCUUCGUCAAUGACCCAACUGUACUAAAGGAGAGAAUUGCGCGCGCACAGACGGAGCGUCAAGCGCUCGACCAGAUGCUGCCCGUCCACUGGGUCUUGCAAGCUCAGAAGCAACUCAACGGUGGCAAGCUUCUCAGCAAACCUGCCGUGCGAUGCAUCACACGCGCUACUGCUCCACGCAUCCUCGACGUUGGUGGUGUCGCUACCAACGAUUGGGCGUGGGAUGUUGCCUACGACUACCCAUACGCUACAGUGACUACUGUCUACACUGCGGGUAACAACAUGUCAUCCAACGUCAAGGGCCCCGACAACCACAAGCACCUUACCGUUCCCAACCUGUGGACUCUUCCCUUCCCAUCUGGCCACUUUGACGUCGUUUCGGCACGCACACUUUACGAGCUCCUCAAGACAAGCAAGCCUGUCGGCAAGUCAUCAGACGAGUACGACCUGUGCUUGAAGGAGUGCUACCGCUGCCUCAAGCCCGGUGGUAUUCUUGACUUCAGCGUCAUGGAUGCCGAUGUUGUCCAUGCUGGCCGCAACGCUCAGGCCAUGGGUGUCGAGUUCGGCUUCAACCUGAAGACCCGCGGCUACGAUGCGCAGCCUACCAAGACAUUCCUCCCGCGCGUCUCCAAGGCGGGCUUCAAGGACGUUCAAAGGGCGUGGAUGCUUCUUCCCAUGGGAAAGACGGCAGCGAACUGGAAGGACACACUUGCCGUUGGCGCCGAGCCAAAGCACCAAGAGCGUCGCAUCACAGAAGACGGCGAGAUCGAGCUCGAGGACGCGCCAGUCUUUGGUACCACCAUGGAUGCGGCGAUGUUGACAGGCGUAGUUGGAAGCUGGGCAUGGGAGAGGUGGCUGCUCAGGUUGCAAAUGGAGAUGGGCAAGGAUGAGGAGAAGCUAUUGGAGGGAGUUGUCAAUGUGCUAGAGGAGGGUGCACAAGGCCACGCUGGAUGGAGGACUUUGUCCGGCUGGGCGAGGAAGUAA